GUCUUUUCAAAGCAUGCCUGCUACUCACCAACUCUGUUUUGCUUCUGGUUUUUAUGGUUACACUCAUGCCCUAUUUAUUGCUUCCUAUGCUUGUUUCAUUUAUGCCAUAUAGACCUGCAAUUUUGUUUGCUACUAUAUGCUUUUCAGCAGCUGCCUGCAUCUACUCUUGCAUCUAGAUCUAGAUAUUUUAAUGACUGAUUAUUCUCAAAUAUUUUGAUAGUUUCCUGUUUAUACUGUCAGUUUAAUUAACUCUACAUUCGUUACAUUACAGCAAGCUUCUAUGGCGGGUCUCCUUGACGGUGUUAUAUGGGUGUGGCCUCAAUGGGACGCUGUCAAUCAUGACACUGUUUACCGACAAUGGAUUGUUGAGCUUGGAACUACAGAGGUGAAGAUUGAUGGCUAUUUGACGAAAGUAUUUUGCAUUUGCCAUUUGGAAGGGAAUGAUACAGAGUUUGAUUGUCGAUACUUAAAUGAAGAAGAUGCCAAUGAUGUAGGGUACAUGGGAACUAAGAUAGACAAAGAUAAAUGCAAGAGACCUACUAAACGAGGAAUCUUUGAGGAACUGCAAGAAGAUAAUGCUUUGGAGAAAUUGAAAGGUGGGCAUUGGUUUAAAGACAAUGAAAAUAUAAUUUUAGAUAUUGAUGAGGACUAUUUUGGGUGUGAAAGUGGAACAGAUUCGCUCAUCAAUGCCAAAAUUCCAUGGAAGUUGGUUGAAGAGAUCAAUAAACUACUGAAUGAACUCAUAUGCAUUAAAAUAACAGAACAUGAAAAACUAGCAGAUAGAUUACUGUACAACCAUAUAAAUUCCUUUAAAAGUUUAUGUUCACGAACAGGUAAGUGUGAUCUCACUAAAGCUCUUAAACUGCUUGAGGACGAAGUUGCAAAAUUGCCCAGGCAGAUAUUAUGCCAUGGUAGAAAUAAACAAAUGGUCAAACAGAUUUGCCUAAUGAUAAAUAACAAAAUUGCUAGACUGAGUAAAACACAAAUGAAUACCUUACAAGAAACAGGAUUCUGUGCCCAGACAACCGUCAAAUCGUUUACUCAUUUGUUGGAAAAUGAAAAUGGAUUCAAGGUAUGCCAUGGUGUAAAUGCGCCGAACCAAUCUGUUGUCAUCUUCCAUAGUCCCACAAUAGAGGAGACAAACACUAGAAUCACACUUCUGGGUGACUUACUUGGUGACAAACAUUUGCCCAAACCCAAACUAGUUACUCUAUGUAGGUCUAUGAGAGACGGUUACACACCUAAAUCUCAGUACCACAAGAUAGAAAAAGGUAUUAUUGACAGUGUGAUCAACUCACACAAAAAUUCUUUUGCAGUGUAUUAUGACAAGGAUUUAUUAGGAGGACAAAAAGGUUGGCCUGGGAGACAUACUGGUAAAUAAUAUUAUUUCUGUAUCCAUAGGCCUACCAUAGUUAUACCUGGAUUAAUUGAUUGAUAUAUAUCACUUAUAGAAUUACUUACAUUGGUAGAGAAGUGGAUCUACUCCACUGUUUAGAACAAACAUUACAGUUCUUUAUCGAAAGCCAUAACCAACAUGAUUACUUCUUACUGUACGCAAUACGAACACCUAAUUGGUACUCCAAAAGUUAGAACUAAGCUUUUACAUUUUGUAUGGGAAUGCAACUUUCGGCUGUAAGGUACAGGAUUAAACUACUAUUUUAUGGGCAACUCGUUUAAAUAUGAAUAGUACCCACUGACAGAGCUGGGGGGACCCAGAAAAGGAACAUUUUAGGACCCCAACUAGUGGACCUUUUUGGCAUUACUUGCACUUAAAAGGCCUUUUUUUAAUUUUAGGCCAUGUUAUAAAGAAAAUGGGUCUUACAUUUUCAAAAAAAGUUCCUUACAAGCUCUGAAAUAAAGCACCCACAUGUUGGUUCCCAAAUCUGCCACUGUUUCAUUCAUAUUAAAAUGAGUUGGUCAUAAAAUAGUAGGUUAAUCUGGUAGCCGACAGCCGAAAAAUGCAUUCGCGAAUACAACCAAGGUAAACUGUGUAAUAUAACUGUGUAAUACCACAAUACUGUGUAUACAUCCAAGUGCUAUGGCCGUUUUGUAUAACGAGGCUUUUGUUUAAUGCUUUAUAUCAUGUUUAUACUCAAGUGAGGCAAUGCUCAGUAUUACAAUGUAUACAUGAAUGUGGCAAUAUGUUUACGUGUUCAGUAUAUCCUUUUUGGUACAAACAUUUAUGUUUUUUAAUAUUUUAUAAUUAUAAUGUUUGUAAGGACAUCACAUCAGUGGUGUUUUUUUAACUUUGACGACUUUUGACGUAUUUUAUUAUUGUGGAGGCUGUUAUAUCUAAAUAAUAGUAAUAUUUCUCGUCUAUGAGGCUCAUGUAUUUGUUUGACUUUGAACAUUACAGUUGUGUAAUGUGUUGUUUGAUAUUGCUUUAUUUGGUUCUUAUAGUAUGAGAUUCGUGAAUGUCAAGUUAAUGUUCACAAAUUUUAAACCAUGACAUUGAAAAUUAGAUUCAUGCCGAUGAAUCGGUCUUCUCUAAAAUGAAGAUUUUUUCUUGCUUUAUGUACAUUAGGUGACUCAUAUUUUGAGAAACAAGUUUUAGAGAUGAGAUUAAAAUGUAUGUCUACCUGAAUAUAAUUGUAUUUUAUUAUAUACUAUUUUAAUAUUUGAAAUACGACUGUAUGGCCACUAUAUAGUAUCGGGAAUUAUCUUCAUUAAUCCAAUAUUGAGAUACUCACUAUACUACGCAUUCAUAUUCUGUGAACAUACAUAUGUUAUGCUCAUUUUUGUUAUGAAUUUUUGAAUAUGUACAUUUGUUAACGAUCAAUAAAAAAUACUUUCAUAUUAA